UAAAUGUUACAUCCGUCGUAGUGUGUUAUGUUACACUCUGAAGUUCUCGGCAACAACAGCUACUUUUUCAGUUAUGGACAGUAGACCGAGUCGGGGACGCGGUGGUCAUUGGAAAAGAGGAGGUGGAACUGGCGGUGCAAGUGACACCGGCAUUUCAGGAGAGCACAGGGGUCGCGGGAGAGGUGGCCACCAUCGUGGAAGAGGCAAACGGGAUCAUCACAGAGGAAGAGGACGAUAUCAUGGCCCUCCUGCAGACUUCAGACGGAAUCAAGAUGAUCAUGACAGCAAAGAAAACUUUGAAGAGGAGGAGGAAAACAUCACAUUCUCUCGACGAAAGCUGGAGUCCAACUGGGACCGUUAUCAGGAAUCUGAGAAAGAAGAAGUAAAUGAAGAUGUUCCUACACAGCGAGGAAUGGACUAUCAUGUUCUCCUCACUUCAGCUGGGGACUCUUUCACACAGUUCAGGUUCUCUGAUGAAAAGGACUGGGAGAUGGACUCACUGGCAAAAAAUCAGAUUCCAGCUCUGUUUAUAGACCUGCCAGCUUUAGCUCAGAAUCUGCAAGAACUUCCACUACACACAAGACUAAACCUUGAGGCUGAGUUUGUUCAGGUGACGACUCCUGUUGAACUGCCAUCGGUGACAGUACGUCAUAAAACAGACGCCACUGUAAUAGGUGGAUUGGAAGCUCUUCAGGCAGGCCGCGAGUCAGGGCUGGGUGUUUCUUGUGCUGUAAAGCCUGCUGUAAAGCCUGUUCCAGUUAUCACACCAUCUCUUUCAGUCCUGACAGCAGUCCAGUCUGACUCGGAUGAUGCUGACAAGGAGCUCGACCUUCUCCUCAACUUGCACAAACCUGUAACAGAACUUUCUCCAGCUGAACCCAACAUUACAAUAGAUGAGGUGCUGAACAACCCAGUGCAAGCUUCAGUUGAGGAAGAGAGAACUGAACAAAUGGUUGACAUGAAAAAGCUGAAGCCAGAAGUGGAGAGAGAAGCUAAAGCCAUGCGGCAGGAAGUGACAGAGGAGGAUCUGGAGGACUGGUUGGACAGCAUGAUCUCCUGACCUGACAGAGACACUUUCCUCCCUGGUGACUGACACUGUCAUAGAUAAAAUAAGCACAUGUGGAUAUACUAAUGCUGACAUAGCUUUACCUCUGUGCAGACAUCAGCAUCCUACCAUGUCAUGUGUCAUUAAACGAAGAGGACUAAUUUAGUCAUCAAAUAUAAAACAUGUUUCAUGCAUGUGUUACUCCUAAAAGUGGUGAUGUGGGACAAAAAGUGGAACAGUUUUCAAACCUACUGUGAAAUGAACCUGUCAUAUACUCACUCAAUCCUUUCACUCUUUACAUUCAGAUUAAAUGCAGUUACUGACAGCU